GAGUGCUCACUCAAAUUGCUGAGGUGUAUCGACUACAUCAGAUUUCCAGUUUAGGAAUACGAAUAAAUCGAUUGAUACAACGAAACUUUGUCUUACGUGCAAUGUGAAAAGUAUUGUGAUAACAAUUAGAUAACCGCUCAACUCCAUGUUAACAGUAUAAUGCAAUGUGAAUUUGUGUAGUUCGGAAUUAUAGACAACAAAAAAUAACUAUUCUAAACAGAAGAAUGUCUAACGUUCGGCGAGGAUAUUGUGUGACAUUUUGCUUCCUCAUUGUAUCGUCGUGUAGUACAACAGCAAUGUAUUUACGAAAGGAUACAACAGACAAGAGUCAGAUAGGCCAUUACAUCGACGAAAAUGGAGUUAAAGUGGAAAAACAAAUAGUAAACGUUACACUGGUGCGGUCAGGAUAUGAAGAUCUGACUUAUUCAGAGUGGAAUGAUGAUAAUUCAGAUGAAAACCUGCUAGACGACGAUGCCUACAAUUACCAAAAUUCAAAUUCAACAACUGCACAGGCGGAGGAGAACCAAACUAGUGAUUACAGUUAUGAAAACCAUGAUUCAAAUUCAAUGACAAAUCCAUUCAACUCACCGACUAACAUCCUUGAUGUAAUCGCCGCCCUUCACUCUGCAUGGAGUGUAGUGGAACAGCAUCGAAAGAAGUUAGCUGAGAACUUGGAAAGAAAUCAAAAUCAGACAGUGGAAGACGAUAGGUCUAGAAGAAAUCUAAAUUUAACGAGUAUCGAUGAAAUUGGCAGUACGCCCGAACCAGUAGAACCCUUAACUCCUGCACCGACAACCCUGGAAACAAGUGUGUCCGAGGCCCGUUAUAUAAAAGGUGAUCCAUUGAAGGGAUACUAUGAUUUCGUCAUUACCGAAGGAUCCUACAAAUUCUGGGCUGCUUUUCAGUUGGCUACCGCCGUCUUGGUCAUUUAUUCAACUUUUGCAGCUAUUUAUUAUUCAAAAGUGAAUCCAAUUGUUGGCGACUAUGACUAUGUUGACUACCUAGGCGGAGGGAGGUCGUUAUCAGAUACAAAUAUUGAUUAUCAAGACCCAACUGAAGACGCUAGUAAUUCCAGCGACACCAAGAAGACCUCAAUAUCACAACCGCAAAGUUCUUCGUUGUGGACAUCGUUGUUUCAUGGAGACUGGAUACCAAAACUCAAAAGCACUUCGAAAACAAUUUUUGAUGUGAUCGAUAAAAUAUCUCAAUGA